CGGCCCUAAAUCACCGCUGUCUCAAAAUAUUGGACUAAUUACGUUACCUUAAUUAAUUGAACGUAUAAAUAUUCGCAAUUAUAUUAUUAUCAACGUCCGCAUUAUCAUUUCUUGUGUCAGUAAUUUAAAGUUACUCUAACCUUAGUUCAGCUGUUUAAAUGUUUAUUGUUAUGAACGUUAUGUCACCUUACCUCACGUCAGUAGAACGUUUUUGUAGCGAGGUAACCGCUUGAUACCGUAAUACUAUUAGCAUCUCGUUCUGCCAUGGGAGUGCCCUAGUGAUGUACCUUAGCGCGCGCCAUGCCUUCGCCAGUCAGUUUGCCCGCCAACGCGUCCCAGCGACGCCGCGUCGCGAGUACCAUAGACAUUAUAGACAACCCGGAUACGUUUCCCGAUUCCCGCUUCUAAGAUGAGGUGCUUUCUCCUGCUGCUGGCGCUGGUCUCGGCCCGCGGGCAGGACACGUGCCAGUCCGGCCCCGAAGCCCAAUACUUGCUAUUCGGCACCAAGACCGCAUACAACUACGUCAACAGGAACUUGCCCAAUCUAAACCCGCAGAAUAUACCUGGAUGCCAGCCGAAAGCUAUCUGGCUACUGAACCGUCACGGUGCUACCAAUCCAGAGGCGGAUGAACUGCCCCAGCUGCAGCACUUGACAGCGUUCCGGGACAACGUAGUGAAGAACUACCACGAUGGCUACAAUAAGGAGCCCAGAAUGUGCCUCGGUGACCAAUCGCUGCUCACUCGCUGGGCGUGGAACCCGCGGCAGAACCUCACGUUCGCCGGGGACCUCACGACCAACGGUUACAUGCGCACUGAAGAGCUAGCACAGACUUGGGUUUCCCGCUAUCCUAGUCUUCUGACUGACAACAAGCACGAUUACAUGUUCAAAUUCGCGAAGGACAAGCGUUCCUCGGAAUCGUUCCACGCCUUCACUGCAGGCCUGUUUCGGUCGCGUCCCGAAGAUCUUGACUUGCCGCACGAUAACGACGAGAAACUGCUUAAGCCAGACAAAUUCUGCCCAGCGUGGAGCAGAGACAUCGGAGAUAGCAAUGAGACCCUCAGGCAGCGGGAUAUCUUCGAGUCCAAGCACGAGUGGGCAGAUAUGGUGAGCAACAUAUCUUCGCGCCUGGGCUUCACGUACGACAUCGACCGCAGUAUCAUUAAAAACAUCUACCAGAUGUGCCGCUACAACAAGGCUUGGGACAUCACCCAAAUAUCGCCCUGGUGCUCGGCAUUCUCCCGCGAAGACCUUCGACGUUUCGAGUAUGCUGAAGACCUGGAAACCUUCUACAAGUAUGGCUAUGGGUCGGAGACCAGCCCCAAGUUGGCCUGCCCGCUCAUCAAGGAUAUGAUGGAUUUCUUCUAUAAACAUGUCAACGCAAACGUCCCGCAGCAGCCGGUGUCGCAGAUCCUGUUCGGUGAAGCCCCCGCCGUGCUGCUGCUGACGGGCGCGCUGGGCGGGCGCCGCGACGACGCGCCGCUCACCGGAGACAACUUCCACACCGUCCCCGCGCAGAGCCGCAAGUGGAGCUCCUCGGCCGCCUCGCCGUUCAAUGGGAACCUAGCUGCUGUUCUGUACAAAUGCAACCCUAACGGCAACUUCGGCUACAAGGACCGGCAUCAGAUCCUCUUCCUCCAGAACGAGCAAACCAUGGACUUGCCCUUCUGUAAGGUGGGUUUGUGCGAGUGGUCCGACAUCAAGGUCCGUCUUGGUGACAUCGCGAACAAAUGCAACCUGGACUUCUGCAAUGGAGCCGCGACUUUGAACGGCGUUGUGGCUUUAAGUGUUGGUUUGUUUGCGUUCUUUGUGAGAUAUCUGGCUUAAGUUCGUGUUUUCACUCAUGUCAGGUAUGAUCGAACGUAUACUUGAGUAUUAUAUCAGUUUUUUGAGCGUACAAUGUAAGUUAUGUUAUUAGAGAGAGCCGAUAGCCGAUAGCGAAGCGUCCGUAAUCAAAGUAAUGGGUACAACAAAUCCACCGAUGUCUGAAGGAAUGAAGCAAUCAUUAUCGAUAGAUCCAAAAUGGAUCUAAUGAUGUUUUUCUUCUUAGAUCUAAAUUUUUAUGUUGACAAUUAAAACUGGAUCUAUACGGAAAAUACUUUAUAUCAUUAGAUCCAUUAAAUUAUACUAUGAUCAAAAUGGAUCUAAAGAGCAAUUCAUAUAGUCGGUUAAAAACAAACGUGACGCUUGGCUACUUGGUGGCUUUUGACGUGUGGCGAUUUUGUCACCGAUGGCUACUAAUGUCCGCAAAACACUUGACCGUUUAUUUCCGCAAACAUUUCUGUGUUAUUAAAACGAUGCAACACGAAUAUUUGAGGAAAACGGCCAUGUGUGUAGUGGUAUUAUUAGUACCCAAUGAGUAGCUAUCGGUGCACUUAUUUAAGUACAAGUACACCAAAUACGCAUUUUCUAAGCUUUAGUAAAAUUUUGACCAUGAACAGUUAGUAUGAAUAUUACGAACCUACCUAUUGUCAGCUAAUCAUAGGAGUUUUUUUGACGUACUAAUUCCCAUAACUGAGUCUGUUACCAGGGGUUGUAUUGUUCGUUAUUAGCAAAUUACUAUGAAUUAAACAAAGUCAUGCUUUCGAACAUUUAAGGUACUAAGGUAGGUAUUGGAACCCGGCGACGUGUGGCGACGACAACUGCAGACUUCAUGUCGCUGUGUUAGUUUCGAACCCGACUGCAUACCGCAGCGCCGCGCCGUAUCUAGUUAGUUAGUUCUGAGUGUUUCGUGACAUCAGCGGCACUGAUCUGCGGUCGGGCUCGGCGACGUAUAGCUGGCUUCGUGUCGCUAAGUUCGAAUGGUAUUUCAUAUAAACCAAUCGUGACACGGCGACGUGUCGUAUGCAGUCGCCUCACGUCGCCGUCUCAACUUGUACAUUUAUACAUUAGGUACAUUAUAACAAAAUAAAAAAUUUAGACUCCUAUCAAAGGAAGACAUUCUAGACCACAUUUUGUAUCAGUAAGUUGUAUUUUACUUUAUAAGAACGUAAAUGUACAUAUAGUUCGUUCGUGUUAAGAACGCAGUGAAACAUCAACAACAUUACAUUUAAUUCGGUUAACACACAAAGGACAGGACAACCGUUGCGUUCGAAAGUAUGCCUUCAACUGGUCACUGUGAUGAUGUGAUCUUGACUUUUUAUUUCUGAUUGCUGAGGGGGGGGGGGGGG